UUGGAUGGAGAUACUGGUCAACAAGAGAUGGUUUCAACUAAGAAGAGCGCUGUUCUCGUGGACGGGGUCAUACUGAAUGGUCCCACCACAGAUGCAAAGGCAGGAGAAAAGUUUGUUGAAGAGGCCUGUAGGCUAAUAUUGGAAGAGGUGGUUUUAAAGGCAACAGAUGUCAAUGAGAAGGUUUGUGAAUGGCAGCCUCCUGAACAACUGAAACAGCUUCUUGAUUUGGAGAUGAGAGACACAGGAGAGCCGCACCACAGGCUGUUGGAACUCUGCCGGGACGUCAUACGCUACAGUGUCAAAACUAACCAUCCAAGAUUUUUCAACCAGUUGUAUGCUGGACUUGAUUAUUACUCCUUGGUGGCUCGAUUUAUGACAGAAGCAUUAAAUCCAAGUGUUUAUACAUAUGAGGUGUCCCCAGUGUUUCUGUUAGUGGAAGAAGCAGUUCUGAAGAAAAUGAUUGAAUUUAUUGGCUGGAAAGAAGGGGAUGGAAUAUUUAACCCAGGUGGCUCAGUGUCCAAUAUGUAUGCCAUGAAUUUAGCUCGAUACAAAUAUUGUCCUGAUAUCAAGGAAAAGGGGCUGUCUGGGUUGCCAAGAUUAAUCCUUUUCACAUCUGCAGAGUGUCAUUACUCCAUGAAGAAGGCAGCCUCCUUUCUUGGGAUUGGUACAGAGAAUAUCUGCUUUGUGGAAACAGAUGGAAGAGGUAAAAUGAUACCUGAGGAACUGGAGAAGCAAAUCAGGCAAGCCAGAAAACAGGGAGCAGCACCGUUUCUUGUCUGUGCCACCUCGGGUACAACGGUGUUGGGCGCGUUUGAUCCGCUGGAUGAAAUAGCUGAUGUCUGCGAGAGGCAUGGCCUCUGGCUUCACGUGGAUGCUUCUUGGGGUGGCUCGGCUUUGAUGUCCAGGAAGCACCGCCGGCUUCUGCAUGGCAUCCACAGAGCUGAUUCUGUGGCCUGGAACCCCCACAAGAUGCUGAUGGCGGGAAUUCAGUGCUGUGCUCUCCUUGUCAAGGACAAAUCUGGUCUUCUUAAGAAAUGCUACUCUGCCAAGGCGUCUUACCUCUUCCAGCAGGAUAAAUUCUAUGAUGUCAGCUACGACACAGGAGACAAGUCUAUCCAAUGUAGCAGGAGAGCAGAUGCAUUCAAGUUCUGGAUGACUUGGAAGGCCUUGGGCACAUUAGGCCUUGAAGAAAGAGUUAAUCGUGCUCUUGCUUUAUCUAGGUACCUGGUAGAAGAAAUCAAGAAAAGAGAAGGAUUCAAGUUGCUGAUGGAACCUGAAUAUGCCAAUAUUUGCUUUUGGUACAUUCCACCGAGCCUCAGAGAGAUGAAAGAAGGACCUGAGUUCUGGGAAAAACUUAAUUUGGUGGCCCCAGCCAUUAAGGAGCGAAUGAUGAAGAAGGGAAGCCUGAUGCUGGGCUUUCAGCCCCACCGGGGGAAGGUCAACUUCUUCCGCCAGGUGGUGAUCAGCCCUCAAGUGAGCCGGGAGGACAUGGACUUCCUCCUGGACGAGAUAGACCUGCUGGGCAGAGACAUGUAGCUGUGGCUUUUGGUCCCCCAGAGGCACGGGUCUGUCCUGGGGAGGGUUACAGAUCCAGGAUGUCUGAGGACAGGCGCA